AGGAUGGAACUGAAAUACGGAUAUACGUUAACUAAGGAGUUGGAAUAAGACUUGAGUCCUGCUCUGUGAUAUUUAUAUACCUGGACCAUGAACUUGCUGUUUGACUUCAUGCUUUAGGAACCUCUGUAGUAACUGUGUGAAGCUGUUGGGAAUCAUGGCAUUCUCUCCAUGGAAGCUGUCCUCUCAGAAACUUGGCUUUUUCCUGGUGACUUUUGGUUUCAUUUGGGGAAUGAUGCUUCUGCAUUUUACUAUUCAGCAGCAAACACAGCACGAAAGCAGUUCAGUCCUGCGUGAGCAAAUUUUGGAUCUCAGCAAAAGAUACAUCAAAGCAUUAGCUGAAGAAAAUAAAAAUGUGGUUGAUGGGCCUUACGUUGGGACAGUGACAGCAUAUGAUUUGAAGAAGACACUUGCCGUCUUGUUGGAUAACAUCUUGCAGCGCAUUGGGAAGCUGGAGUCCAAGGUGGAGAAUCUUGUACUUAAUGGAACAGGAGCAAACUCUACCAACAAUACUACCACUCCUGCUCCCAGCUUAGGAGCAGUUGAAAAGCUUAAUGUAGCAGAUCUCAUAAAUGGAGCCCAAGAACAGUGUGAAUUGCCUCCUAUGGAUGGUUUUCCUCACUGUGAAGGGAAAAUAAAGUGGAUGAAAGAUAUGUGGCGAUCGGAUCCCUGUUACGCAAGUUAUGGUGUAGAUGGGUCCACAUGCUCCUUUUUUAUUUACCUCAGUGAGGUUGAAAAUUGGUGUCCUCGUUUACCUUGGAGAGCAAAAAAUCCUAAUGAAGAAACUGAUCAGAAAUUAGUGGCUGAAAUUCGUAUUGACUUUGAUAAUCUCUACAAAAUGAUGUCAAGACAUGAGGAAUUCAGAUGGAUGAUGUUACGCAUCAGACGAAUGGCUGAUACCUGGAUUGAAGCAAUUAAAUCACUUGCAGAAAAACAAAAUUUGGAGAAGAGAAAACGAAAAAAGAUUCUUGUACAUCUGGGGCUUUUGACAAAAGAAUCUGGAUUCAAGAUUGCAGAAAAUGCGUUUAGCGGUGGCCCGCUUGGUGAAUUAGUCCAGUGGAGUGAUUUAAUUACAUCUCUUUACUUACUGGGCCAUGACAUCAGGAUUUCAGCUUCACUGGCAGAGCUCAAGGAAAUUAUGAAGAAGGUUGUAGGUAACAGAUCUGGCUGUCCUACCCAGGGGGAUAAAAUUGUAGAACUCAUUUACAUUGAUAUUGUGGGUCUCACUCAGUUUAAGAAAACCCUUGGUCCAUCAUGGGUACAUUACCAAUGCAUGCUGAGAGUUCUGGAUUCCUUUGGAACUGAACCAGAGUUUAACCAUGCCCAUUAUGCCCAAUCUAAAGGCCACAAGACACCAUGGGGAAAGUGGAACCUUAAUCCACAGCAGUUUUAUACUAUGUUCCCUCACACUCCAGAUAACAGCUUCCUUGGAUUUGUGGUAGAGCAGCAUCUGAAUUCCAGUGACAUUAAACAUAUUAAUGACAUCAAAAGGCAGAAUCAAUCUCUUGUUUAUGGCAAAGUAGAUCAUUUCUGGAAGGAUAAGAAGGCAUAUCUGGACAUCAUCCACACCUACAUGGAAGUCCAUGGAACAGUCCAUGGCUCAAGCACUUUGUAUAUUCCUGGCUACGUAAAAAAUCAUGGUAUACUCAGUGGGCGGGAUUUGCAGUUUCUGCUGAGAGAAACCAAGCUGUUUGUUGGUCUUGGAUUUCCGUAUGAAGGGCCGGCUCCUUUAGAGGCUAUUGCUAAUGGAUGUGCUUUUCUAAAUCUAAGAUUUAACCCACCAAAAAGUAGCAAAAACACAGAAUUUUUCAAAGGCAAACCUACACUCCGAGAGUUGACAUCUCAGCAUCCCUAUGCUGAAGUUUACAUUGGGAAGCCCCAUGUCUGGACUGUAGACAUCAAUGAUCUUUCUGAAGUUGAGAAGGCUGUGAAAUCAAUUUUGAAUCAAAAGAUCGACCCUUAUUUGCCCUAUGAAUUUACAUGUGAGGGAAUGCUCCAGAGGAUGAACGCCUUUAUUGAGAGACAGGAUUUCUGUCACGGGCAGGUGAUGUGGCCCCCAUUAAGUGCCCUUCAAGUAAAAAUUGCUGAACCUGGAAAAUCAUGUAAACAAGUUUGUCAGGAAACCCAGCUCAUCUGUGAGCCUUCCUUCUUCCAGCAUCUUAACAAGGACAAAGCUCUGCUUAGGCAUAACAUUGAAUGUCUCACCAUGGAGUCUGCAAAUGACAUUCUGGUCCCCUCUUUUGAUGGAAGAAGGAAGCACUGUGUUUUCCAAGGUGACCUCUUAUUGUUCAGCUGUGCCGGAGCCCACCCAACCCACAGAAGAAUCUGCCCCUGCAGAGACUACAUUAAGGGGCAGGUUGCACUUUGUAAAGACUGCCUAUAG